AUGCCACGUAAUAAAUUUCUUGCACCUGGAAUAACAGCUUACUCUCGUAACAAAGUUUAUGCAAAAAAAGCAUUGUAUAAACGUAAGAAAACAGCAAUAGAGAAGUCAACAGCUAAACCACCUACUACUAAAACAGUUUCUAUCGGAGGUGAUAAAAAUGGUGGACAACGUGUUGUCCCUCUGGAAAAAGCUCCAAGAUUCUAUCCUGCUGAAGAUGUUCCACAUCCUAAAAAGUCUCGCAAACUAAACAAACCAACCAAACUUCGUUCCUCCAUCACUCCUGGUACUGUUUUGAUUUUGUUGUCUGGCCGCUUUCGCGGAAAGCGUGUAGUCUUCUUAAAGCAACUUCCAAGUGGUUUACUGCUUGUCACCGGUCCAUUCAAAAUCAAUGGUGUACCAUUAAGACGUGUUAAUCAAGCUUACGUGUUGGCCACAUCAACAAAAAUUGAUAUCUCUACUUGUUCAUUUGAGAAAUUUGAUGAUACAUAUUUUAAGAGAGAAAAGGAGGCUAAAAAGAAAUCUACAGAAGAAGAAUUUUUUGAUCAAAAACAAAAGACAAAGAAAACAGUUCCAGAAGUCAGGCUUACUGAUCAAAAGGAUAUUGAUGGAGGAAUUGUUGCCAGCUUAAAAAAAGUUCCAGAUCUUGCUGAUUACUUGGCUUCCAGAUUUACACUUACAAAAGGUCAACACCCUCAUAAAAUGGUUUUCUAA